AUGCGAUUGACUAGGUUACUUCAGUCGACAGCUUCGUUGAAAUCCUCAACCAGAAGCAGCAUUGUUUCUACUUCAACCUUGAAGUUGGACCCUGGAUCAACGGUGUUUUCAGCAAUUCAGCCCACGGGAGUCUUUCAUCUGGGCAAUUAUUUAGGUGCUGUACGGUCAUGGGCAGAUAUUUCAGAUGUAGCUCCAACUGAUGCGAAAUUGUUCUUUGCUGUAGCAGAUUUGCACGCUUUGACGAUACCAAAGGAUCCUGUUAAACUUCGCGAAUGGCGUCAACAAGCCUUAGCAAGUAUAAUAGCAUCAGGUAUAGAUCCAGAAAGAUGUAUUGUCUAUCACCAGUCAUCAGUUGCUGAGCAUAGUCAAUUAUACUGGAUUCUGUCAACCAUCACAGGAAUGGGAUAUUUAAAUAGGAUGGUUCAGUGGAAAUCCAAGGCAGAUGUUUCUGAAUUGGCAUCUAUCAGUGACAUGAAUGAAGAAAGUCUACGAAAUUUACAGCUUGGGUUAUUUGCUUAUCCUGCUUUGCAAGCAGCAGAUAUUUUGAUCCACAAGGCGAACUAUGUUCCAGUGGGGGAAGACCAGUCACAGCACUUGGAGCUUACAAGAUAUAUCACAUCUACAUUUAACCAUAGAUUUGGAGACAAAAAGAACCCUAUUUUUCCAACCCCCUCAACUCUUUUUGCCCCUUUUAAAAAAAUUGCAUCUUUAAGAGACACCACAAAGAAAAUGUCCAAGUCGGAUCCUGAUCAGAACUCUUGUGUCUAUAUAACAGACGAACCAAAGGUAAUCCAAAAGAAAAUUCGAAGAGCCGUCACUGAUUCAAUUCAAGGUCCAAUAACAUUUGAUCCAAUCGAACGACCAGGUGUUUCGAAUCUUCUCGUCGUGGCUUCAGGGCUUUUACGAACAGAGCCUCAAACGCUCUUAGAAACUCAACUCUCGCACAUUAAAGACCAUAAACAAUUUAAAGACGCUGUUUCGGAUAUUUUGGUCGAGUCUCUAGCGACUGUCAGGGAUAAUUAUAAGCGAUUACUUGAUGACCCGUCUUAUAUUGAGCAAGUUUCUCGUAAUGGAACAUUGCGAGCAAGAGAAUCAGCUUCGAAGACACUCGACCAAGUGAACCGUGCGGUUGGCCUGUAA